GCCCGUCAUCUGGAAUCGCGCUCGCUGGGCGUCCCGAGCUGUUCUCCUCGACGACGCGGCACCCGCCAUUCUCCAUCACUAUGCUCGCCCUUCUUUCACUCGUUCUGGGCUCGGCGCUCACCGUCUCCGCUCUCGAAGUCGUGUAUUCGCUCGACGACCAGUUGCCUACUAUCGCGCGGAUAAACCAGCAAUACUCCUGGUCCUUCUCCUCGUCGACCUUCGAGGACAACGACGGCAUCAUCAAGUACACUGCGGACGGCCUCCCUGACUGGCUCGCCUUCGACCCUUCGACGCGUACCUUCAGCGGCUCGCCCUCUCAGAACGACGAAGGGAACGCAAGAGUGACCGUCACUGCGCGAGACGAUUCCUCCUCUACGGACUCCGAGUUCACCAUCUGCGUGACAUCCUAUCCGGCUCCAGCGCUUCAUAUCCCGAUCACAGACCAGUUCCACGAACACAGCCCGUCCCUAUCCUCCGUAUUCCUCGUCGCAAACAACUCCGCCUUGGCGACAUCCAACCCCGCUCUGCGCGUCCCUCUGGGCUGGUCCUUCAGCAUCGGCUUUGAGUGGAACACCUUCCAGGCCGAACAUGCCCUCUUCUACGACGCACGGCAAGCUGAUGGCACCCCGCUCCCACGCUGGCUCGAGUUCAACAGCGAACAGAUCACCUUCAACGGUGUCGCACCUCACAGGCAUCCUGGGACUGUCAACAUUGCUCUCCACGCUACGGAUCAGCAAGGUUACAGCGCAACUAGUCUUCCCUUCGAUCUCAUCGUUGCGGAUCACGAGCUCUCAACCGAUGGGCUGACUAUGCCUACCAUCAACGUCACGGCUUCGACAGACUUUACUCUGGCGAUGAACUCUCCGGUCGACUUCACCGGCAUUCUCGUAGACGGCGAGGCCAUACAUCCCAAAGUUAUCACUGACCUCGUCGUCGACACGUCCCACGUCAGCUGGCUCAAGUACGACCACUCGAGUCGGACGCUUUCUGGAACGCCACCGGACUCGCUGACUACAUCGACGAAACUGCCGGUCACCCUUUCCACGGAUUUCGGCCAGACGAUCAACACCGAAGUCUCCUUGGCCGUUGUCCCUUCGUACUUCUCUACGUCGAACAUCCCUCCUGUCGCCGCCCCUGAUGAUGGCCAGUUCACUUUCAGUCUCGCGCAGUACUUCUCCAACACUACGGGAACCGACAGCGUGAACCUUACUGCCGCGCUGGAACCGGAUGAAGUUGCUGGAUUCUCGCAGUUUGACGCCCAGACGGGAGACUUCUCGGCCUCGAUACCUUCGUCUUUCAAGGAUGAUCACUUCUCGGUGACCUUCACAGCCUACUCGCGACUUACCCACUCUACGUCGCAUACCACGCUCCCUGUCUCGGUCUCCGCUGGUCAUCGGAAGGAAGGAUACGAUUCCGGUCCCAACAAGCUAUCGGCGGCGGCGCACAAGCGACUCAUGCUCGGCCUUGAGAUCGCCGCAGCCAUCGUCGGCGGCUUCAUCCUGCUCGGUGGAAUACUCGCCUGGUUCCGACGCUACGCUCGCGUUCCGGAUCCCGCGCUCCCGCAUGAGGAGGGGGUGAAGUACUUCACGGACGCCGAAAAGCGUUAUUACGGAAUGGGCGACAAGCCUGAGGACUCUCCUGAAGUCGGGUACGGCUGGACUGAAGGCCUGCCGAACACCAUGAACACCAUGAUGAACCCUUACGGGGGCAGGGGAAAGAGUUAUGAUGGACUCGUAAGGGCGCCAACCAACAGUCGUUCUGCAGCCUUCUCUUUCGCUAGCCCUGUCAGUAGCGCCGUCAUGAGCAAGCGCGAGUUCAUGUCGCGCGUCAAGCAGACAGUACGCCAGGUCAGCGACAAGUACCGCAGUGUUCGUUUGGGUGGCCGGCCUCAGCGUCCCGUCAUUGGCAAGCCCAUAUCGGUCACCUCCAGCAACGACGGGGAGUCGCCGUACUCGAACUCGAGUACCCCGACUCAGUCAGUCAACCCCUUCGACGACAGCAUGAUGCCCAGUGUACCCGGUACCUUUGUUACAUCGGCGUCUACAUCUACGGGCGACCGCUCGAUUCCCCAUCGUCGUGCGGACAUGCUACCUCCAAGGUCGCCCGCGCAGGUGCACUUCGAGCGACGCGGUUCUCCUCUUGCGCGCCAGCUCUCCCUUGAAUCCGCUGGAUCUCGCGACUCGGUAUUGAUUCAUGCUGAAGAAGCGGUGGUCCAGAAGGCUUCGCGGGCCAUGAGCGUGCGCAGCGGCAAGAGCGUCAGCGGCCUGUCGUUCGUCUCCGACGUCGCCACCUCUACUCGUCCACGCCUGGUGCCCUUCAAGGCUUCGCGCGUUCCUGUGCCGCCUAUGGACCCGGUAGCGAAGCGAGCUGACGGCAAGGGUAAUCGUGUUACCAGCUAUACGGCUGAGCUGCACCCCAAGCCUUCGGAUGUGACGAAGAGCCCGAGCGGAGAUGACAUGUCGAGAGCGCUGCAAUACGUCGAGGGACUUGGUGCGGACCAGCGCACCAUCGGUACGGCGCACUCUAUGCUCACCGUGUCCACCAACGUGCGAUCCUCGUUCUCGUCGCUCGAGUCGUCGCACGAAGGCCACGCCGAUGGUGGCGUGCCUCGAGGGCAGCGGCUGCUGUGGAGCGCAGGACAGCGCUUCAAGACGAAGGUGCCUGUGCAAGUCAAGCCGGUGAAGGGCCUCCAGCUCGACGCCAAGCUGACCUCAGGGCAGCCGCUGCCAAGGUUCAUGCAUGCGGACCUGGACUUUGGCAAGCACCGCGGGGCAGUGGAGAUAACGGGGACGCCGAUGUCGACGGACGCGGGCGAGUACGAGGUGGGGAUUUAUGUGGGACGGGAGCUUGUGGGCGUGUUGCUGGGCGAGGUGGUCGCGCGUCGCGGCUGA